GCCAGGACUAGUCCAUAGGUCUCGCUGUGUGAGCCAAUGGAAGGACGACCCGGCUCAGCCAGUCGUCUCUUCUCGUUUCCACUCGACAGCGAUCAUGGACUGCAAUGGUGUCCUUCCCGAAGACACUAACUUGUGUUAGUGUAGCCAUUUCAUUUGACGUUGAACUGAAGGAGUGCACGGAGCGGUCUGUCUGUCUGGAGCAGUCAUGGGGGAACUGGAAGGUUCGUACCGGGUCAUCCAGACGCCUGGCACCCGGCUAGGGGCACCGUUUAACGCGGGCAUCAGCACCCUGGAGGCAGGGCAGGCUCUGUCGGCCAACAUGUCCGCUGCGGGGAAGAACUACGGCAGAGGACUGCAAAUGCGAGUGGUGGGCUUGGACGACUCCCAGGAGUUUUACGACAUGGAGACGAAGUCUCUUGGUCAGUCUCUGCUGUCGGAGGUCUUCCAGAGAGGCAACCUCAUCGAGAACGACUACUUUGGGCUGGAGUUCCAGAACACGCAGAUGAACUGGGUGUGGUUGGAGCCCAUCAAGCCCAUCGUGAGACAAGUCAGAAGACCGGCCAACACGCUCUUCAGGCUGUCGGUCAAGUUCUUCCCCCCCGACCCCGGACAGAUCCAGGAGGAGUACACCAGGUACCUGUUCUCCCUGCAGAUGAAGAGGGACCUCAUGGAGGCCAGGCUGCUGUGCACCGAGAACACAGGCGCUCUGCUGGCCUCGCACCUCGUUCAGUCGGAGAUCGGGGACUAUGACGAGCUGGGGGAUCGGGACUACCUGAGGCUGAACACCCUGUUGCCCUACCAGGACAAGGUCCAGGACCGCGUCAUGGACUUCCACCGGAGACACUUGGGACAGACUCCGGCGGAGUCCGACUUCCAGGUUUUGGAGAUCGCCCGCAAGCUGGAGAUGUACGGAGUCCGGUUCCACCCGGCGUCGGACCGCGAGGGCACCAAGAUCAACCUGUCCGUGGCCCACAUGGGCCUCCAGGUGUUCCAGGGAAACACGAGGAUAAACACCUUCAACUGGUCCAAGAUCCGCAAGCUGAGCUUCAAGAGGAAACGCUUCCUGAUCAAACUUCACCCCGAGGUUCAUGGGCCUCACCAGGACACCCUGGAGUUCCUGAUGGGCUCCCGGGACCAGUGUAAGAUCUUCUGGAAGAACUGCGUGGAGCACCACUCCUUCUUCCGCCUGCUGGACCAGCCGCUGCCCCCCACCAAGGCCAUCCUGUUCAGCAGAGGCUCCUCCUUCAGAUACAGUGGGCGGACUCAGAAGCAGCUGGUGGAUUACGUGAGGGACAGCGGCACAAAGCGGACCCCCUACCAGAGGAGAAACAGCAAGAUCCGGAGUUCGGCCCGGUCCCUGGCCUACGACAUGCCCAAACUGAACCUGUCCUUCAGCGACAGUCUGCGGGGUCCGGGGCCCAGGGCCUCGGCCUCGUCGCCUCUCUCCUACCAGCACUCCCUCCUCUCCAGCUCCUCCCUGCAGCGGUCGCCCCAGCCGCCCCUCCCCCUGCUGGGCCACGCCCCCGCGGCGCAGACCCCCCCGGCGCUGGAGCCCCGCCUCCGGCCCCCCCAGACCCACGGGCCGGCGCCGCCCAGCCCGCCGAGGGACGCCCCGGCCGCGGCCCCCGCCCCUUCGUCCCGCUGCGCUGUCCAAGGUGCCCCUAGCCUCCAGCUGAGUGUGGUAGAGAGUAGCACCCCCCCGCCGCAGACCCCCCACAACGGCGGCCAGCAGGGGGGCCGGAGGGGGGCGGGGCCGGGGGGGCGGGCGGGCGGGGGAGGGGGGGUGUCGGUGCGCAGCAUGGGCGUCCUCACGCCCGCCGCCUUCCAGGCGGAGAUGAUGCGCUCGGCGCCGGCGGCGGCGGCGGCGGCGCUCCCGCCGCUGCGCGUCAGCGAGGAGUUCAUCGACGACGACCCCGCCGAGAUCUCGUUCUACGGCGGCGCCGCGCUCCAGGCCUACGCCCUCGAGGGCCCCCUGGGGGCCCCCCCCCACGACGACGACGACGACAGCGUCGAUCGCUACGGUUACGGCGAGGAGGCGGGCCCCCACGGGGACGACCCCGGCGCGGCGUACAGCCUGGACGACCUCAGCGUGGGGGGCGGGCGCUACGGCGACGGGGGGCUGGGGCGCUCGGAGACGAGCUCGCUGGUCAACAACCGCUCGGAGUGCAGCUCGCUGGACCACCUGGGGGGGCUGAGCUCGGCGGGGGAGGGGGGGUACGGCGGCGCGGGGGGCUACGGCGGGUACGGCGGCGGGGGCGGGGGGGGGGACGCCGCCUCGCUGCGGCUGCCCGGCUCGGAGAACCCGUCGGGGGCCAGCUCGCUGGUCAACUUCCCGGCGUACUCGGAGCGCUCGGAGACGGGCUCGGCGGUCCAGUUCAGCGACCUGCUGGAGCAGCUGGAGCAGCUGAGCUACCCCCCCACCGCCACCGACGAGCCCCCCUCCUCCUCCUCCGACUCGGACGGCUCGGACUGGGGCUCGGACGGCGGUCUGCCCCCUGAGCAGAGCCUGUUCUACAGCAACCCGCUGACCGGCGCCGGCGGCAUCGACAGCUUCCUGCUGCAGUGCCACAGCCUGCAGGCCCUGGCGCUCGCCGAGCCCCCGGGCCCCGCGCCCCUGAAGAUGUACUCACAGGGGGCCCCUGGAGAUGUAGCUCACAGGGGGCCCUCCAGCCCCCCGUCCCCGUCCCCCCUGUCAGCUGAGAUGCUCCUGAUUGGCCGGCGCACGGCGGUGGACAGCCCCCAGCUGUCGCCCUUCAGCUCCAAGGACCCCCUAUGCCCCGCCCCGUCCUUCCAGAUGUCCACGCUCAGCCUCCCGGGCCACGCCUCCCCGCCCCCCCACGGCCCCGCCUCCCAGGUGGGCCCACGGCUAGAUGAGGAUGAGGAGGGGAGGAGGAAGCGGUACCCAGCUGAUAAAGCGUAUUUCAUCGCCAAGGAGAUCCUGACGACGGAGCGGACGUACCUGAAGGACCUGGAGGUCAUCACCGUGUGGUUCCGCAGCGCGGUCAUCAAGGAGAACGCCAUGCCCGAGGGCCUCAUGACGCUGCUGUUCUCCAACAUCGACCCCAUCUACGAGUUCCACCGCGGCUUCCUGAAGGAGCUGGACCAGAGGCUGGCCCUAUGGGAGGGGCGCUCCAACGCCCACGUGAAGGGCGACUACCAGAGGAUCGGGGACGUCAUGCUGAAGAACAUGACCGCGCUCAAGGAGUUCACGGGCUACCUGCAGAAGCACGACGAGGUGCUGACGGAGCUGGAGAAGGCGUCGAAGCGCGUGAAGAAGCUGGAGACGGUGUACAAGGAGUUCGAGCUGCAGAAGGUGUGCUACCUGCCGCUCAACACCUUCCUGCUGAAGCCCAUCCAGAGGCUCAUGCACUUCAAGCUCAUCCUGGAGCGGCUGAGCAGACACUACCCCCAGGACCACCCGGACCACCACGACUGCAGCGAGGCGCUGAAGGAGGUGGCGCAGAUCGCGGCGCAGCUCCAGAGCAGCCUGAUCCGUCUGGAGAACUUCCAGAAGCUGACGGAGCUCCAGAGAGACCUGGUGGGGGUGGAGAACCUCACCUCCCCUGGCCGGGAGUUCAUCCGGGAGGGCUGUCUGUACAAGCUGACCAAGAAGGGGCUCCAGCAGCGCAUGUUCUUCCUGUUCUCAGACAUGCUCCUCUACAGCAGCAAGGGCGUCACCGCCACCAACCAGUUCAAAGUGCACGGACAGCUGCCUCUGCACGGCAUGAUCAUCAUUGUGCUGGAUGCACCGGUGGACGAGAGUGAGAGCGAGUGGUCCGUCCCCCACUGCUUCACCAUCUACUCUGCCCAGCGCACGGUGGUGGUGGCGGCCAGUUCCAAGAUGGAGAUGUCCAAGUGGAUCGAGGAUCUGAACAUGGCCAUCAACAUGUCCAAGUCAUCCAACGACAAGUCGGACAUCUUCUUCGACGCGGGGUUGAGGGAUCGCUCCAACCGGUCCUCUGACGAGGUGUCGGUGGAGCAGGAGUCGGAGGACGAGAUGAGCUCCUCUCACGGCUCCCUGGACAAGCAGGCGCACCACCGCGCCAACACCACGCUGCACGUCUGCUGGCACCGCAACACCAGCGUGUCCAUGUCCGAUCACAGCCUGGCUGUGGAGGGCCAGCAGCCUCAUGCUAACGCACCCGCCUCCUCCACCCAGGGCCAGCAGCCUCAUACUAACGCACCCGCCUCCUCCACCUCCUCCUCCACCCAGGGCCAGCAGCCUUAUAGCAAUGCACCACCUCCUCCACCCAGCAGCCUGACACAGAUGUACGGCUCUCCGUCCGUCUCCCCCGAGCUGCCCCCCCGCUACCUUCUGGGCCAGGGGCAGCGACCCAACACCAUCACGCACGUGUGCUGGUACCGAAACCAGAACCUCUCGCUCACUGAUUACCUGCGCAUGACCCAGAACCAGCUGUCGGGGUACCUCUUGAGGAAGUUCAAGAACAGCAACGGCUGGCAGAAGCUGUGGGUGGUCUUCACCAACUUCUGCCUGUUCUUCUACAAGACCCACCAGGAUGACUUCCCAUUGGCCAGCCUCCCGUUGCUAGGCUACACGGUCAGCACCCCCGAGGAGUGCGACGGGAUCCACAAGGAGUACGUCUUCAAGCUGCAGUUCAAGUCCCACGUGUACUUCUUCAGAGCGGAGAGCGAGUACACCUUCGAGAGGUGGAUGGAGGUGAUCAGGAGUGCAGCUGGGAGGAUGACCCUCCUCGUUCCCAGAGUCCCCGCCGAGCUCAACAGGAAGUGACACGCCGAGCUCAACAGGAAGUGACACGCCCAGCUCAACAGGAAGGGAGCCGGACUGCUGGGGGUGAUGAAGGGAUCAGGGUGCAGGGGGACCCCCCGGACGACCAUAAAGACUUUGGAACCACUGGGCUCACCCACUGGGUGCCACCGCUGGCUGAAAGGACCCUGGGACGUUCUGAAGAAUACAUUCUACUCGCCUUGUGUAGAAUAAAUGAGUGUUUAUUCAGCUGUGUCCUGAGUGAGGUUUAUUCCCUCGUAAUCGAGGGGUUAGGGCGUGGUGUGUAUCGAGACGGUAAAAAGGCAAGUGUGAUACUCAGGCUGGAAGAAUAUGGAGGCAUAUUGGCGACGUCACUAAGCUUCUUAUUAUAUCGUGGGAGCAGCAUGCUAACGGGAGGUGGGCAUUUUGCAUGCUAAGAGACGGUUGGCAUAUUAGCAUGUUGCAUGCUAAGGGACGGUUAGCAUGCUAGCACGUUGCAUGCUAAGUGGCCGUUAGCAUGUUAGCACGUUGAAUGCUAAGUGGCGGUUAGCAUGUUAGCACGUUGCAUGCUAAGGGACGUUAGCAUGCUAGCACGUUGCAUGCUAAGUGGCGUUAGCAUGUUAGCACAUUGCAUGCUAAGUGGCGGUUAGCAUGUUAGCACGUUGCAUGCUAAGUGGCGGUUAGCAUGUUAGCACGUUGCAUGCUAAGUGGCGGUUAGCACGUUGCAUGCUAAGUGGCGUUUGUCAUGUAGAAUGGCGGGAGAGUUGGGCGCAGUGAGGAAGAGGAACAGAAGGUUGAGAGGAAGGUGCGAGGAGCACACCAGUGUCCUCGUUUAAGGGCAGAAGUGAAAGUGUGUUUAGAAAGUUAAAGUAUCGUCGACGGAAGAGGGAUCAGCAGAGUUGAGGGAGGGUUAAGGGAAGUAUUCAGGCCUGCUUCAGUCUGAAGUGGUGGAAAAUUGACUUGUUUUUUCUUACCGUUGGAUUAUUUUCCGACGGACAAUGCAUAGUUGGGUCUGUUUUGGAGAGCAAACUUGUAUAGGCUAGAGUAGAGAUGACAUUACCACCGAUAGUAUAACUGUUUGAUUUUUUCAUUGCAUUGUUUUUCAACCUUAUUUAACUGUUAAGGCCAGUCUUGUGUGUGAAAGGGAGAUGUAUUUUUCUGCUUAUGGAGCAACGGUACAUUAAUGAAGGGAUUCUGAUGAAGAUGCAUCAAUCGUCUGGGAGAUGGAUGGGGAUCAAUCAGCAGGGCUUUGCUGCCAGAGUAAAUAAUCAAGAGUUUACUUUAUGGCUUAACUUGUAAUCCAGUUCAAUGUUCUGGUGCUCUUUACCUAUAAAGUUGUUCAUGUCUUUAACCUCUUUAAUUUAUUGUUUGUUGAGGGUCUGUGUGGAGAUGAUGUGAUGACAAACUAAGCAGUGUUUCCUUCAUGUUUCUUGUCGAUUUCUGAUGAAGUGAAACAGAGACGAGACAUUUUACCCGCCAUAUAAAAGGCGGUUAAGAUCUGAGGUCUUUGCUCACAGCUGGAUGCCGAAUGACGUGAACCACUGUAUUAUUAGGAUGUUUCAAUGAAAACUGGAAUAUUUCAUUGUGUGUGUGUUAUUUGCCUAGCUGGUGUAUAAAUAACACCCUAACCAAACCUUCAUCUCACCUCGGCUGAAGUUCUCAAGCAUCCAAACUUUUGUAAAAUGUUUAAUGAUCUUGUGAUCUGUUGUCAUGCCUUGUGUUACUGCAUUGUUCAGCAAAUAAAAUAACGUUUUUCUCGCA